AUGGAUUAUCCUAUCCAUAAACAUGCGGUUAAGCCAAUAGAUAAUAGUUUAUGCAACAAUGAUGCUCGGACAAUGGGAAUAUUCCAAAAACUCCGUCUUUCUUUCGUAAAUUUCGCUCGCACUUCUGUAUGUAAAAUAUUAGUAAAAACAUUAUCAGCAAUGCGAAAAAGUUCACUCCAAUCGGAAGUAUCAUUUGAUAGUAGAGAAGAAAUUACUAUAGUACGUCCAGGUGACUUACCUCUUGACUCAACCUCUGAUAAAGUCGAAAAUCUUGAAAUUAAUGAGUCUGAAUGCCUUUCCAUCGAAAAUGCUUCGGAUGUUCAAGCAAAUAAUGUAACUUUAAUUAAUGAUGAAAUUAUUUGGCUGGAUACCAAAUUUUCAACAAAUACCAAAGCUAUUCUUAGUACAAACGACACUCAAGUUUCUAUUUCAAAUGAUAAUUUAGACAAACCGAUUGAAAUUGAAAAUUCUCAAUUAAAUAAUCAUGAAUCAGGGGGUACUGAAAAUUUAUUAAAACGAAGACCAGGUGCUCCUGCAAAUCUAAACUUAGUUUUCAAACCAAAAAAUACUGAUAAUGAUCAAACUUCUACAAUAUUAUCUUCGCGUUCUGACAAUUCUGGAUUAGCCACUGCAACACGGGAAAAUAUAGAAUUACUUAAUUCGGAAAUUUCUCAGGUCAAAUCAGAUAGUCUUGGUAAUGACUUAAAUCCCGAAGAUUCAAAAAAACAUGCUCAUUCAUCAUUCACAUCAAUUACUCCCAAACAAAAUCACUGGAAGGAUGUAAAAAAAUAUAUUGGAAAAACUUCUGCAGUUCUUGGUGCUUUACCAAAAGCUCGUAUUGAACGACAAAAUCAACUUUUGGAUAAUGAUCCAAAAUCUGUGUGCAUUCAAUCCAAUGGUCUCAAAGCUAAUUUGGAGACCAUACAAUCACUCAUAGAUGAUAGUACAAAUCCAGCUACCGAAGGAGAUGAGUUACUUCCAAAUGAAAAGAUUACGGAUUGGGAUUUUUGGUCUGCAUUGAUUCAAGAUUAUACUUCUGUGGCCACAAAACUUCCUGAACUUCUUACAGCAAAAUUACAAUCUGGUGUACCUCCAAAAUUAAGAGGAUUGGUUUGGCAAUCAAUGUGUCAGGCUUCUUCAACCUAUCUAGAAACAAUGUAUUCCCAAUUAUUAUCCGAAUCUUCUCCUUAUGAUAAAAUCAUUGAACGUGAUUUGGCACGAACGUUUCCACAUAUUGAUAUGUUCAAAGAAGAAAAUGGCAAAGGGCAGACUGGUUUAUGGAAUAUAUUAAAGGCAUAUAGUUUGUAUGAUCCGUUGGUCGGAUAUUGUCAAGGGCUUGGAUUUUUAGUUGGUCCGAUGUUGAUGAACGGCCUUCAACUCCGCCUUUAUCAAUUCUCAGCACUUCUCGCUCAAAUUCUUCCAAAACUUCAUGAACACUUUCAACGCCAUGCUAUACAUCCUGCUAUGUUUGCUUCGCAAUGGUUUCUAUCACUUUUUGCUUACACUUACCCUUUGCCAUUGGUACUUCGUAUUUAUGAUAUAGUAUUUGCUGAAGGUGCACCUGAGACAAUUAUGCGUGUAGCAAUUGCAUUAUUGAAGAAAAAUGAAUCCAAUUUACUCUCGUAUGAAGAGUUUGAAGAUCUUUUGGAUUUUCUCACAUCUCGAUUAUAUGAGGCCUAUGAUAAUAAACCAACUGGACUCAUUAAGGAUGCUAUGGCAUUAAGUUCAGUAAUAACAAAGGCAAAAUUAGAUCAACUUUCUAAGAGUUAUGUGAAAGAAUUAGAAGAUCAAAAGAAACGUUCCGAAAAAUUAGUUGCUGUUCGAUUCAAUGGAAGAUUUGCUGCUCCCAAAAAGGAAAAGAAAGAAGAAGUUAAGAAACCACAAAAACGUGAAAAACCAAAUUAUAGGUGGUCAUUUACAGCCCUUCCAAGUUCCAAGCAAUCUGUCGCCUCUUUACAAUCUGUUACAAAUAUAUCCAAUGAUGUACCAGCUACAAGUGUUUCCAAUGAUGUAUCACUUGCCUCAGACAAUGAUUCAAUAGUAUCUUCGACACCUACGACCGCUUCGUUUGAUAGCAAUAACACAGGACUUUUACAUACACAAAUUGAAGAUUUAGUGACUGCAUUAUCCCAACUUCAAAAGGAGCACGCAGAUGUUCUUGAACAAUUAGUUUGCAUAAAGAUGGAAAAAAUGGAUUUGGUGACAGAGGUUGAAGGGUUAAAAUCACGGUUAAGGGGUAUUGAAAAAGAGAACAAACGAUUAUCUGCAAAUUCUGUAAUAUUUUCUGUCGAUUCUACAACCAUAAGUUUAAGUGAUAUAUCUCGGUUAGAUGAUUCUGAUCUAACGCCUCGUCCAUCAACUGAUACAACGUCACACAAAAGAAUAGUAUCAGAUUCAGAUUCAGAUUUACUGACAAAAGCACAACAACUAGUUUCUACAUUCAUACCUAAGUCACGUGCUUUAUCCUCGUCGACUUCGUCAUCAUCAUCAAUUUCUUCCAUUCAAUCAAUAAAUAACAAUCAUUUAAAUACCACACCACCAACACCAAAUUCUUCUGAAUUUUAUACAAUCGACUUGUCAGAUGAACGCGAAGAACAAAGUCCAAACAUUUCAGCUCUUACUGAAGAACUUAUUAAAGUCAAAAUGCAAAAAUUCGAUUUAGUACAAGAAAAUGAGGAAUUACUUAAACGUAAUGAAGAUUUAGAGAGUGCCUUACAAUUAUCUAAACAAGAACAUAUUUUAUUACAAGAAAAAAAUAUCUCACUAUUAGUAGAAAUUGAACGCCUUGAUGAAGAAGCAGCACAAGCAGUAUAUGAAAAAAAUUCUAUGGAAUUUGAAGUGAAAGAAGCCAGAGAUAUUAAACUUCAAAAUGGAAAAUUACUCAAAGAAAUUGAGAAACUAAAAAAAGAAGUGGAACAAUUGAAACAAAAAGGAUCAAAUAAAAAUACAUUACAAGAUGCGCCCACUAUUAGACAUAGUACAUUAUUUGAAUUUAUCGUUGAAAACGUAGAUGACCCGUCAAUUUCAUCAAAAAGAAGGGAUAGUGAGUCACAAUCAAUAUCAUCGAUAUAUUCAUUACCACAAAACCAUGCUAUGGAAAACGAAGAUUUUCAGAUUGUUACGGCAUGUAAUGGUGAAUGUGAUACUGCAAAAAGAAUUGAUGAAUUGGAGAAAAUGUUAAUAAAUGUAAAAAUGAAAUUGGCCCAAAGUGAAGAAGUUAGGGAAUCCUUGGGAAAUCAAUUGGAUGGAUUAAGACAUUUGGUAAAUGCUUAUAACGAAGAUCUUUCCCCAACAUCGCCAACUCUAAGGCCAAGAAGUCCAAGAAGUGAAAAACGGGCAUCAUCAUUGUCUCUGGCUUCAUUUUUUGGUGGCACAUAA